UGAAGCAGUCGAGAGCGAGAGAGAUUUAGAUGUGUCUGGUGUGUGUUCUCUUACAGGCAGCAGUUGUGUGUGUGUGUGAGGUGAGUGUGUGUGUGUGUUUUGCGCAGCGAUACAGAUGCAGUGUGUGUGAGUCCUGACAGCCGUGUGUGACGAGCAGGUGUGUUUUUUUUGUGAAGCAUCAGAAGGAGGGACACACACACCCUCCAGACGAGCGGCAGGACGGAGGCAACCGGAGUAUUCGCUUUUUUCUUUCGUUUUUUAUUCUUCUUCUUCCUCAUUGUGGCGGUGGGCGGUGCUUUCUCUUUUCAUUUGCUCGCUCUGUCCAUCACCUGCCUGCUUGUCUAUUUCUCCAUCUAUCUCACCUAUAAUUUCUUGUGUUGAUAGAGGGCAGAUCUGAGAUCAGUGAGUUGGUCUUUAUCUAGCUGUGAUGUGUUGUGAUUGUAGAUAGGUUGUUCUGUGUUCACUGGUGUGUGUGUGUGUGUGUGUGUGUGUGUGUGUGUGUAAUGCAGACGUGUGUCUCAUCUCAAUCAGCUGUGUCUGUGUGGAUCACAACCAUUUAUUCAACAUGUAGAUCAUAAUACACUCAUCCUCUUCAUCAUCUCUCUCUUCUCUCUCUCUCUCCCCCCAUUCUACUGGUCCAUCACCUGUGUGUGUGUGUGUGUGUGUGUGUGUGUGUGUGUUUGCACACAUCUCUCUCUCUCUCUUUCUCUCUCUCUCACACACACACUCCAGCAAUAUAUGAUUAUUAAUAGGUAAUACUUUAUCAUCUAUAUCAUUUCUAAUCUUCUUACAUUAUGUGUAUUAGCAUCAUUCCUGGUGUGUUCAUUACAUUCUCUCUCUCUCUCUCUGAUGCAUUUCAUUCAUUUCUCAACACCUCUUUAUGAAAUGAUGGCAUUAUUUGCACACCAGUGAUUGUAAUCUCUGUGUGUGUGUGUGUGUGUGUUGGUAGAGUAAUUAAUCUAUUGAGUAAUGGAGAGAUUUGCAGUAUAAUCACAUUGUGUGUGUGUGUGUGUGUGUGUUUGAAUAGACAGAAGCACAAACCUCUAUCCCUCCAUCAUUCAUUUGUUUUCUUUGAAGAAACAUCCAUGUUGGUCUUUUCUGGGGGUCUCACUGGAUGAGAUGUUUGGAUUCAGUUUUUCUUUUCAGCUUUUUCUCUGAGGAAACCGACUUAUUCAUGUCACCGAGCUGCAACGCUUUCCCAGAUGAGCAAACACAUGCGACUCUUUCUGCUUUUUUACAAUCGGACUAAAUGUGAAAUGAAUUCACUUCUGUUGCAUUAAAUGUGAACACGUCACCGAAUCCAUGUAAGGACUUUACCGUGGAUAUUUAUACAGUUUCCUUCUGGAUUAUAUCUACACUGUUCAAUGUUGUGAAACCAAGACGCUAAAGAUCAUCAGAUGAGAGGAGAAACAGAUCGACAGAAGCACAGAGACGGUGUGACUGUGACUGAGAGGACUGUUAUCAGUGACCACAGGGUAUGAGAGCGCUACAACAUCAUGUGGUAUCUGAGAUGGAGGAGUGAGAUUUCAGCUGCAAACACACAAGGUUUCUGUCUUUCUCUUUUGCAUCAUGUCUCUUUGUGCUUACCGUGGCUUAGCACCACCCUCUCAGGAAAAGCGGGUGUGGUUUUAUCUAAUGGCCCCACCCUCGCGCCACUUGCCCAGCCCCUCGUUGUACCAGCUCUUCCUCGUGUGCCUAUUGCUGCUGCCGCUGGCCUGCCAGUCACGACGGGACCGAGGAGGUGGGGGCGGGGCUCAUUACAUCCCCUCGUCCGUAGCGCAGUAUCCGCCGCUACCGAAGCUGCUGCAGGGCCUGAGCAUCGCCGUGGUGUUGGUGGGCAACUCCAGCGAGGUGGCGCUCGCCGGGACCCGUGACAAAGAUGAUUUUACUCACAUGCCCCUGGCGCCCAACGUGGAGAUGCUCACUAUGAAUGAGACAGACCCGAAAAGCAUCAUCAAGAGCAUUUGCGAUUUGAUGACCGAGCACUGGCUGCAGGGCGUCGUGUUUGGAGACGACACCGACCAGGAGGCCAUAGCGCAGAUCCUGGACUUCAUUUCUGCACAAACGCACAUCCCGAUAUUGGGCAUAAAGGGAGGGUCCUCCAUGAUCAUGGCUGCUAAGGACGACAGCUCAAUGUUCUUUCAGUUCGGCCCGUCCAUUGAGCAGCAGGCGUCUGUAAUGCUCAACAUCAUGGAGGAAUAUGAUUGGUACAUCUUCUCCAUAGUUACCACUUAUUACCCUGGUUACCAGGACUUUGUUACCAAGAUCCGCAGCACCAUCGAGAACAGUUUCGUGGGCUGGGAGUUGGAGGAGGUUCUGCUGUUGGACAUGUCUGUAGAUGAUGGAGACGCAAAGAUUCAGAAUCAGCUGAAGAAACUUCAGAGUCCCGUCAUUCUUCUCUACUCCACCAAAGAAGAGGCCAACAUUAUCUUUGAAGUGGCGCAUUCGGUGGGCCUCACGGGCUACGGAUAUACCUGGAUCGUGCCGUCUCUGGUGGCGGGCGACGCCGAUCAUAUACCGCCCGAGUUUCCCACAGGUAUGAUCUCUGUGUCUUAUGACGAGUGGGAUUAUGGUCUGGAGGCGCGGGUGAGAGACGGCGUGGCUGUAAUCGCCUCGGCGACCUCCACCAUGAUGAUGGACAGGGGUCCACACACGCUGCUAAAGUCUGAGUGUCACGGCUCUCCGGACAAGAAGAGCCCAAUAUCAGGCAAUUCCAACGAAGUGCUCAGGUAUCUGAUGAACGUCACGUUUGAAGGACGAAAUCUGUCGUUCAGUGAGGACGGAUAUCAGAUGCAUCCUAAACUCGUCAUCAUACUGCUGGAUAAAGAGCGGCAGUGGGAUCGAGUGGGUAAGUGGGAAAACGGCUCUCUGUCGAUGAAGUAUCACGUGUGGCCGCGGUUCGAGCUUUACUCCGGGGCGGAGAGCAGAGAUGAUGAUCAUCUAUCUAUCGUUACACUGGAGGAGGCACCGUUUGUCAUCGUUGAGGAUGUGGAUCCACUCAGUGGAACCUGCAUGAGGAACACGGUUCCCUGCAGAAAACAACUCAAAUCUGUUAAUAACACAGGAGAGCCUGCUGUGUAUAUCAAGCGCUGUUGUAAAGGUUUCUGCAUUGAUAUUCUGAAGAAGAUUGCCAAGUCUGUGAAGUUCACCUAUGAUCUUUACCUCGUCACUAACGGGAAACACGGCAAGAAGAUCAACGGCACGUGGAACGGGAUGGUCGGAGAGGUGGUGAUGAAGAACGCACACAUGGCCGUCGGAUCGUUGACUAUCAAUGAGGAAAGGUCAGAGGUCAUCGAUUUCUCCGUGCCCUUCAUAGAGACGGGCAUCAGUGUCAUGGUUUCCCGUAGCAACGGCACGGUGUCGCCCUCAGCUUUCCUCGAGCCGUUCAGCGCUGACGUCUGGAUAAUGAUGUUUGUCAUGCUGCUGCUGGUUUCUGCCAUCGCCGUGUUUGUGUUCGAGUACUUCAGUCCUGUGGGCUACAACUUCUGUCUCGCCGACGGCCGAGAGGCUGGAGGUCCAUCGUUCACUAUUGGAAAGGCCAUCUGGUUGCUCUGGGGUUUGGUCUUUAACAACUCUGUACCUGUGCAGAACCCCAAAGGAACCACCAGCAAGAUCAUGGUCAGCGUUUGGGCUUUCUUUGCUGUGAUUUUCCUGGCCAGCUAUACGGCUAAUUUGGCGGCGUUCAUGAUUCAAGAAGAGUACGUGGACCAGGUGUCGGGGCUCAGCGAUAAAAAGUUUCAGAGACCCAACGAUUUCUCACCUCCGUUUCGUUUCGGGACCGUACCAAACGGCAGCACUGAGCGAAACAUCCGCAAUAACUACAAAGAGAUGCACUCGUACAUGAUCAAAUUUCACCAGCGCAACGUAGACGAGGCUUUGUACAGUCUGAAAACAGGGAAGCUGGAUGCGUUUAUUUACGACGCCGCAGUGCUGAACUACAUGGCCGGAAGAGACGAGGGCUGUAAGCUGGUCACUAUCGGCUCUGGGAAAGUGUUUGCGUCUACCGGCUACGGAAUCGCCAUCCAGAAAGACUCUGGCUGGAAGAGACAGGUGGACCUGGCCAUCCUACAGCUGUUUGGAGAUCGUGACAUGGAGGAGUUUGAGGCCCUCUGGCUCACCGGGAUCUGCCACCACGAGAAGAAUGAAGUGAUGAGCAGCCAACUGGAUGUAGACAACAUGGCGGGUGUGUUCUACAUGUUAGGAGCCGCCAUGGCUCUGUCACUUAUCACGUUCAUCGCAGAGCACGCCUUCUACUGGCACCUGCGCUUCUGCUUCAUGGGUGUGUUUUCUGGGAAACCAGGUUUCACCUUUGCCAUCAGCAGGGAGAUUUACAGCUGUAUUCACGGAGUUGAAAUCGAAGAGAAGAGUUCAUCGGUGCUGGAUUCCCCCUCCACCACCAUGAACAACACACACUCAAACAUUCUACGUCUGCUACGCACCGCCAAAAACAUGGCAUCUCUUUCGGGGGUCAACGGCUCCCCACACAGUGCCCUCGACUUCAUCCGAAGAGAGUCUUCUGUCUAUGACAUCAGCGAGCACCGCCGCAGUUUGGCUGGACAUUCGGACUGCAAGGCCCCGUACCUGCCUGAUGACAACAUGUUUAGCGACUACAUCAGUGAGGUGGAGCGCACCUUUGGCAACCUGCACCUGAAGGACAGUAACCUGUACCAGGACCACUACUUGCACCACCAUGGAGGCUCUACCCUGGGGCUGAUGGGACCGGUCCCCAACCGUCCUCAGAGCCUGGGAUCCAGUAGUUCCCUGGAGGGCGGCAUGUUUGACUGCGAUAGCUUAGCCGGGGGCGUGGCCCCCAUCUUCACCACCCAGCCACGUUCUGCCCUUACACACAGGAACAUGAGCAAGUUCGAUCUGUUACAGAGUCAGACUCCUCUGUCGGGACAGGGCUUGAAUCAAGGCCUGGCCGACCUGUACGGGAAGUUCUCGUUCAAAGGCGGAGCUUCCGGAUCGGGAUACAUUCCGGGCCAUGACCGGUACCGCAACGGAGCCGAUGACGGAAACAUCCGUUCUGACGUUUCGGACAUUUCCACUCAUACGGUAACCUACGGCAAUCUAGAGGGCAAUGCUAAGAAACGGAAGCAGUACAGAGACAGUCUUAAGAAACGGCCCGCGUCUGCCAAGUCCCGACGAGAGCUAGAUGAGAUUGAGUUGGGCUAUCGUCGCCGUCAGCGUCAUGGCCACCAUCGUCAUCACGGACACCGCUCUGCCUCUCCUCCAUCUGAUCGCAAAAGAGUUGGUGGAGCAAACUCGACUUCGUAUCUGUUACAGGACAAGGAAAGUCUGAGGGAUUUCUACCUGGACCAGUUCCGGCCCAAAAAAGGCAUCCCACAGUGGGAGCAUGUGGACCUUACGGAUGGUCCCACUGAGGGUGGAGGGAACUGCACCAGUUUGGUGUCUGUGGAAGACUUCCUGAAAAGCAAACCCAAGAAGCUGGACAGCAAGAGUGGGAGCAGCGAGUGGGAAUGUCGUAGCUGUCGUUCCGGCAGCGCAGGCAACAAGCAGGCCUCCUUACAUGGGGUUGGGACUGGCUUCGUGAGCAGUGGCAGCAAUUGUGUCGCGUCAGGGGGCGGAGGAGGACCUGGGAGCAGCCGUCCCACUUCGGCCACCUGUAUGCGGUGUGAAGGUUGCAAAAAAUCUGGCAACCUCUAUGACAUCAGUGAGGACAGUAACCACUUACUGGAGCACCCGGCUGGCAAUAGGGGCCAGACUUCAGCGCAGCGUCGCAGGGCCUUCGGUGGAAAACCGCUACAGCGGCAGCAUUCUUAUGACACCUUUGUGGACCUCCAGAGAGAGGAGGCAGGGGGCGUGGCUGGAGUGCUAGAGUUCGGUGGAGCCGGAGGUGUGGGUGGAGCACUGCCACCGCCACGCAGCAUAAGCCUAAAGGAGAAGGAGCGCUACAUGGAUGCCUCCGGUCCCUUCGCACAUAUAUUCGAACAUCAAGGAGGCUCCGAGCUCGAUACAGACCUUGACCCGCUGUUUUACGGCGGCAUCGAGAAGGCGAAGGGCGCAGGAUCGCCAUUCGGUUUGUUCUCAUCUCACCGCUGCUCUGUUGGUGAGAAGGAACUGAGAGACAGUGGACUGAUGGAAGGGCCGGCACACUCCUUAUCCAAAUCCCUCUAUCCUGAUCGAACUAACCACAACCCCUUCGUCCCUACUUUUGGAGAUGACCAGUGUCUGCUGCAUGGUGCCAAAUCUUACUACAUCAAUAGACAGCAGCAAGGUGACAUGCACUGCCCCACGGGUGUAACCUCUUUCCUGCCGGCAUCAGCUGCUUCGGGAGUGAUGUCGAACUUAGCCCCACACUUUCCUGCAGAGCUGUGCAUUGGAAAUCACCACACCAGCAAGCUGAGCCUCGGUCCACCUCGACCUUUCAGCGGCAGCAACGGACAUGUGUAUGAAAAACUCUCCAGCAUCGAGUCCGAUGUUUGAAAAAUAAUAGUGAGAGGACGUUCGGUGGCGAAUUCGACAGCCAGACUUGUGCAGAACACACAGAACUUGAGAGAACUGAAAAUGUCAUUUCCUGUGAAGUACGUGUUUACACCAGUGCGUUCAUCUUCAUGAGCUGGUGAGAACAAGAGCGUGUCCAUCUGCUGAAUGUGUUUGAGGAGAAGUGCAGAAGAGCAGAUGGCCUGUUUCACCUCCAUUCCUCUCUCCAUCACCGCUCUUCUCAAACCAAAACAGGCCAGUCUUGUGUUCUUCUCUUUUGCAAGAAGAAGCAAUCACGAAAGUUUAAAGAAUGCUUACUGAUAUUAUAAACAGGGUAAUCACUGUACCUCAGAGACGUUAUGAAGACUGAAUCUGCUUGGUCUCCACAGUAGGUUGCAUUUGUCUUCUGGUUCCCAAGUCCCACCGUUUCCUUCCUGUUUCAUUGCCGUACAGGCCUUUGACUGCAGAUACUGAGAGAUGAGGUGAGCGGUAGGGACAUCUGAAUGUGAUGAUCGCGGUCCAGCCUCUACAUCAACCUCAUGUAUCCUUGGCAACAGCGUCUCCCAUGCUGUUCACUGCCAUGCAUUAGCCAGCCUUUCGGGUCCGGGGGGCGUCUGCUGAGUUUUCUGAUGCCAUUUAUAUUCAAGUCUCUACUGCCGUGAUAUUUCAUGUCAAAUGCGACCGCAGAUACCUUUACUUAUCUUGCGAUUCUUUAAGACUUGAAGGAUUAAAUGCUAGAGUAAGGUCAGUAUUAAUGCCUCUUUGUUUUUCGCCUGUAAAUACAUCUCUCUUUUAUUAACCGAUAAGGUCAACCUUUAAUAUAGAUUUUUCAAGUAUUUAACAAAUAACCACAAUAAAGAUAAAAACAGAACAAAAGAAAUAAAAAUAUGCAAAGUAUAGUUAAGCAUUACUACUGAUGAUGAGUCAUAUUUUAAAUGAUAGUUUACUGUUUAUUACUUUAUCCUGAUGGUUUACUGCCUCCUAACCAGCUUCAUUUAAGAGUUAUUGCUUUGUUAAGAAUGUAACCGAGCUACACAGUGCUGUUGUGUUUAGUUUGCUGAAAAACCCUUGCUAAGUUUCUUUGAAAUUGUCUUUAGUGUUUGGCAAUCCAUAGAGAAGAUUUACUUACACACACACACACACACACACACACACACACACACACACACACACACACACACACACACACACACACACACACACACACACACACACACACACACACACACACACACACACACACGCAGACACACACACACACACACACACACACACACACACACCUCAACGUCUGUACCACAAUAUUAAAGGGCAUAAAAUCAUUUACUGUAGUAUUAGUUAUAACUGCUAACUAACCCCCCUCCCCACAUAGACACACACACACCACAGAUCUUCAGUUUAAUUGAGUAGGUUGAGUCUUUCCAAUAAGUGAAUGACUUGAAAGUAAUGUUUCGUAAGUUGUUGGAGUGUCAUUUGUGUGUUUCAGGUCGACUGUACAGAAACGUCUCUGCUCCUCAGUUUUACUGUUAAAGUUUUUCUUGUAUGUUGAAGCUGGUGGUGUAAUAGCGCAGUGAUGUAUGUUAAGGUCUUCUCAUGACUAACGCUGGACUUUUCUCUAUAGGUAUACAUAUAUAGUUUUGACAUAAGCACACAUACACACACUUUGCUAUAAUCCCCCUGUGCUAUAGCUUAAGCUCUUUAUGCUUGAAAAUCACACUUUUCUUCUGUUUAUAGAAAAAUAAGCCUAUUACACCUAGAUGUAGUUAUCAUUUUUUUCUAAUGUAUUUGCAAUACAGUAUACAAAACUUUUAGCAUUCUGUUAACUAGUAUAUUCUCAUUCUUCUAAGAUAAGUAUAGCUGGUUUAAAGUAUUAUACAGGUAAGAAUCACCCUGUUGUUGUUCUACACAUUGCUAGUUACAAAAGUACUAAAUCCAUUUUUCCUUCACAGAAUUGAUGAAAUGGUGAUAAAUGAGUGUGCGUGCGUGAGCGAGACAGUGACUUUUACAAUACAUACUCUCGUUGCUGUGGUAUUACUAUGGUGUUGCCAUGGUAACUGCAGUAUAAGAGGAUCCAGGCUGAAUAAGUGAAUUGUUUCACUACGAAUAAGAAAUCCAUCCACUUUGAUACGUUACCAAAAUUUUUACAUCUGGAAAUAUGAUACUUGUACAGAUUGUGUAUAUAAUGGAUAAAGGUCUUUUGUAUGACAAUAUGAACUCAAACCUCAAUGCUACUUUAAUAUUGAGAGGAUCUUUUCAUGAUGAUGUGUGAGGGUGAUGAUGGCACAUGCUCAGAAUUCUUUUACAUACUGAAUAAAGUCAAUCAAAA